CAUUCUCUCUCUUCAACUCCACAGCUAACUCUCAGAUCUCUCUCUCUCACCCCCACUUUCACCAGCACACACACAACAUAUAUUUGCGUGUAUCUAUAUCCGUUCUCACACUCCAAUCCACCACUAAGAACUUGUCUACUGUUUCGAUAAGCAACGACCGAGUAUAGGAUUGGCCGGAUUCGCGCGCUGAUUGAGGAAUUGUCUUGGGACGGUCGUGAUGGCUGUGGCGGUCCGGGGCAAUCGGGUCGGAUCGGGCGGCGGAUCCGUCCUCCGCAGCUUUUUCAGCUACCGGAUCUUCGUUUCCGCCAUGUUCACUCUCCUUUUCCUCGCUACUCUCUCCGUCCUCCUCACAUCUCACCCCUCCCACAACGAUUCGGUUAUGGAUGCUACAGGAAAUGCACAUGUAAGGCGGAGUUUUCUAGCAUGGCAGUCAGAUCCGGUGAAGACUAGGUUAGAUUUGAUAUAUAACCAGGCAAACAAUCAUGUUGCAUUACUUAAUGCAUAUGCCACCUACGCUAGAAAACUCAAACUUGAGAUAUCCAAGCAGCUUAAGAUGUUUGAUGAUUUGGCUCAGAAUUUCUCUAACAUCCAACUGAAGCAGGCUUACCGUGCUGCACUGUUUGAAUCUGAUGGGCCGGUUGAUGAGGAUGUCUUGAGGCAGUUUGAGAAGGAGGUAAAAGAUAAAGUUAAGAUUGCUAGGCUAAUGAUUGCGGAGAAUAAGGAAUCAUACGACAAUCAGUUAAAGAUUCAAAAAUUGAAGGACACAAUAUUUGCUGUGAACGAAUUGCUUUUGAAGGCCAAGAAAAAUGGGGUCUUUGCUAGCUUGAUUGCAGCCAAAUCAACUCCCAAGAGUUUGCAUUGUUUAGCUAUGCGGCUUAUGGAGGAGAGAAUUGCUCAUCCUGAAAAGUAUGUGGAUGAUGAGCCUGGCCCUGAGCUUGAAGAUCCUAACUUAUACCACUAUGCUUUGUUUUCUGACAAUGUGAUUGCAAUCUCUGUGGUGGUAAACUCCACCCUUAAGAAUGCAGAGGAGCCAUGGAAACAUGUAUUCCAUGUUGUUACUGAUCGAAUGAAUUAUGCUGCUACUAAGGUUUGGUUUAAGAUGAGGCCAUUACAAGGGGGAGCUCAUAUUGAGAUCAAGGCAGUGGAUGAUUUCAAGUUCUUAAAUCCUUCAUAUGCACCUGUGCUUAAGCAGCUUCAAUCUGCUAAGUUAAGGAAGUAUUACUUUGAGACCAGAACUGAGAACACCUCUACAGAUGUAAACAACAUGAAGUAUAGAAACCCAAAGUAUUUAUCGAUGCUCAAUCACCUUCGGUUCUACUUGCCUGAACUCUACCCAAAGCUGCACAAGAUUCUAUUUCUGGAUGAUGAUGUUGUAGUUCAGAAGGAUUUGACUGCCUUGUGGAAAAUUGAUUUGGAUGGGAAGGUUAAUGGUGCUGUCAGCACUUGCUUUGGUUCUUUCCAUCGUUAUUCUGAAUAUUUAAACUUUUCUCAUCCUCUCAUCAAGCAGAAGUUUAGUCCCGGAGCUUGUGCUUGGGCUUUUGGCAUGAAUAUUUUUGACCUUGAUGCUUGGAGACGGGAGAAAUGCACUGAGCAAUAUCAUUAUUGGCAGGAUUUGAAUGAGGAUCGUUCGUUAUGGAAGAUGGGGACUCUACCAGCUGGGCUUGUUACUUUUUACUCAACCACCAAGCCUUUGGAUAAAGCUUGGCAUGUUCAGGGACUCGGUAUCAAUCCUAGUAUCAGUAUGGAGGAAAUUGAGAAGGCUGCUGUCAUCCAUUUCAGCGGAGACAUGAAGCCAUGGCUGGAUAUUGCCAUGAACCUUUACAAGCAUCUGUGGACAAAGUAUGUUGAUAAUACAAUGGACUUUGUGCAGAUGUGUAAUUUUGGCAUGUAGAGGAAGUGCGACUAUGGCCAAAGCAAUCACAAGAUAUCAGGCAUAUAUGCAAGUCAUAGCUUUUCAGAACGAUGAUUCUACAUAACGUUCUCGCAACGAAAAUUUUCUGGUAGCUGCUAUUUAUCUUAGUUAAUGUGGAGGGGCCUGAAGGAAACUUGUAUUGGUGUUUUGUAUACUCAUAAACCUAUUCUUUGUAGAGGAUGGGCAUAAUGAUUCGGAAAUAGAGAAGGCUAGCAGCAUCAUUUCACCAGGGUUCUUAUGCCAACUUUUAGCUAUUCUCUAGUUUGGUACACUGGUGAAAAUCUGCUCCUUGUCUGAGGUAUUGCUUACUUUGUUACAGACUGGAUUGUGAUAUUUCAUCAACACAAAAAUCAUUAUAUUUUUGCAUUCUAAGAUUAUAAAUCAAUUUUAUUCUUGGA